AUGAAAAAAAAAAAUAGCAAGGGCAGCCGGUGUGGAAGUCGAAGCUGGCAGCACAGCGUCUGCUACUUGCCCUAUGAUUAUAGUGCCCUGGACGUAGCCAGUGCCCACACCAUGCAGCUGCACUGUGGCAAGCACCACCCAACCCGUGUCGACCCACGAACACAGAGAAGUCCAGGAGGCGCUGGCCAAGCUGACUUUACAACUCAGCUAGCUCUUCAGCCUGCACUAAAGGUCAGUGGUGGAGGAGAGUAUGUGCCAUUUGGGCCUAAGGGCAUUGUUGAAAUGACCAUGACAAACCAUAACGAACUUUGUGACAAUGCACUACCAGUACUCAGAAAUGCCAUAAGCAAAGUCUCUGCAUACAAAAUGGGGACCAAGUUAAACUGUCAAUGCAAGAGAGGCUUCCGUAGAAAGAACAGCUUGAUGCACUGUGGGGGAAACUUUAGCCAUCCUUCCUGGACAAACAAAUGUCAGUGUGGAAGCACUUCCUCUAAGCACACAGAAAAACAAGUUACACCAAACCCUGAACAACAGAAGGAAAGAAAAACCACAGAAAUGCAAAGUCAAACGCAGCUCACAGACCAAGUCAAUACUCCAGGUUACUGUGGGGAGCCGCCACCGUGGGAACAUGAAGACUCCAAAAGAAUUUACCAUUUUGUGGUGGGUCAGACAGUUGACUACCAUUGUGUUCAGGGAUUCAGGGCCAUACUGAGAGGUCAGGCCAAGAGUGUCUGCAUGGAGUCCCAGGGGAAGGCCAGGUGGACACAGCCCAAGCUUACCUGCACAAUUGAAAGGAACAACAGUCUGGUUCCAGGUGAUGAAGAGUCUCAAGUCAGCACCGAUGAUCCUCUUGGGACCACAGAUGCUACAAGUAUGACAGAUUUUCAAAAACAGACAGAAGUGGCUGCAACCAUGGAGACCUUCAUCUAUACCACUGAGUAUGGUACUGAUAACACUGAGUAUCAGCUAACAGUGGCCGGCUAUGUUCUCCUGCUCCUCAUCAUCCUCUUGCUGAGUGGAGCCACGUGGCAGUGGAGAUGGAGGAAGAGUAGAAGAACAAUCUAG